AAACCAGUUACUUCUAAUUGGUAACAUAAGCCGCGCGGUGUAAUUCGAUGAUAUCUUGUUUAUAACAUUUUGUAGCGUUCAGUUCGGUUGUACGCAGGCGUCGAUAAACAGUGGGUGUGGUGGUGCUGUUAUAAUGUCCGGAGACAAAAACGACUAGAUUGAAUGUGUAGCUUCCUUUGUCUUAUCAAGGGCGUAAUAUAACGUCCUUGGUCUUAUCUUUUAUUUUGAUCUACUUCUGUAAAGCGCCACCAUUUUCACCAAUUUAGCCGUACAUAAACAAAGAUCCCCACGCAGAUUAUAUUAAGUAGUUUAAACGCUUCACGUGUGAAACAUUAAUCAAUAGCAAGCACGGUUUGUUGUUGUUGUCGGUGCUCGUGAUUAGGCGUAAAUGUCCCCGUGUGUUCUCAAGCCAGAAGGACGAGGCCAAAUUGGAGCUCCCCCCUCCCCUCCCUGGCUACUCGCACCGCUCCGUUCUCUGGUUGUCAGAUGUACUUUACAUUUGGUGUCCCUUGAUUGGCACAAGUGUGGCUCACCCCUCCGAGGUCGUGACAUCGUAAAACCAACGCUUUAGGAAGGGGAUAAAGGAUUUAUUAUCUGGGGAUGUUUUCGACAUAACCUUUCUUUCCCUUUCUUGACGGAGAACAAUUUGUCUAUGAGACUGCAUGUUCGGGUCUGUUAUGCGUGGGAGCCAGAGAUGCUGUUAGGGCGACCGUGGAGGCACCAUGAUUCCUGGUAACCGAUCGCUGCUGGUGCUGACUUUGUGCUACAUUCUGCUUGGUGGAAGGGCCGACCUUAUUCCUGAUGCCGGGAGGAGGAAUCUAGCCAAGCAGGCAGCGGCGUACAGCCCCGAUAAGAUCGACAAAAACGAUGACAUGAUUCGGGCAUUCGAGUCAAGUCUGCUCAACAUGUUUGGAUUAAACGAGCGACCACGGCCUCGGAAGAACCUGGUGAUCCCUCCGUACAUGCUGGAGUUGUACCACAGCCAGACGAAAGACCCUGAAAACCCCAGUGUCAACUUCAACUUUGCGGGAAAGUCAACAAGUACUGCCAACACCGUGCGUAGUUUCCACCAUGAAGAAGAAUCGGAGGCAGGGCAACCGGUGUGGGAGGGCGACGAGAUCAACCGGCGAUUAUGGUUCAACACAAGUGCCGUCCCCAGCGUGGAACUUAUAAAGGCGGCCGAGUUACGAUUGUUUCGGGAACAGAUUGAUGUUGAUCACGUUCAGUACGGAGACUCCACGGACCACCAUUUAUACCGAGUAAACGUGUACGAGGUAAUGAGACCGAACAGUCGGACUAACACGGAUACCAUAACGCGGCUUCUGGAUACCAAAUUGGUGGAUGUUCGUAAUUCAUCGUGGGAAUCCUUUGAUGUCCGGUCGGCUGUUACUAAGUGGAAGAAUUCCCCGGAGCGAAACUACGGGUUGGAGGUCGAAGUGGUGUCUCCAAAGCGCGGGGCCCUAUCAAACCACCACGUACGGUUACGACGGUCGGCAGACAUGGACGACCACGCGUGGCAGCACCGCAGACCGCUGCUGCUCACCUACACGGAUGACGGCAAAGGUUCCAGUAACAGUAAUAGGGUCGCCUCCAGGCAAAAACGCGCCAAUGGAAGAAAAAAACACCAGCGGCGGAAACUCAAAGCCAACUGCAGGAGACAUUCGUUGUAUGUUGACUUCAGUGAUGUUGGCUGGAAUGACUGGAUUGUAGCUCCACCUGGCUACCAGGCCUACUACUGCCACGGGGAAUGCCCCUUUCCCCUCGCAGAUCACCUCAAUUCCACAAACCAUGCAAUAGUUCAAACUCUAGUCAACUCAGUAAAUCCUCUCGCAGUGCCCAAGGCCUGCUGUGUGCCUACAGAUCUCAGUCCUAUUAGUAUGCUAUAUUUGAACGAAAAUGAUCAAGUUGUUCUCAAAAACUACCAGGACAUGGUCGUUGAAGGAUGCGGGUGCCGUUAGAGUAGUAGCAAGAACGUUAAAAGUCACCUAUCGGUAGUUCAUAUUGAAAAAAGAGAACGUUGUAAAAUGGCUUGUAAAACCAUUUCAACACACCACAAGAGAAACACUGUCAUAUUUUUAAAUAAGAGGAAGUAUUUAUCUUUUUUUCUACAAGAGCGGAGCUUGCCUCGGAUAUAGUCACCGCUGACAUGGAGCCAGAAAAUGGGUCCUGACCCCGAUGUAAUUUUAGAUGUACAUGUUUUCGAAUUUUGGAAGAUUUUCAUUGAGGGGAAUUCGUCCAAUGUUGUGAAGAAGGGGGGAGGGCAGAACAGCAAUCUGUGUAUAUUUAUUAUUGAACCAACGUUUCCGUUCAUAAUCAGUAAACUAGAGCACCUAAAUGUGAUAUUUAAAUGUAAUCAAAUGUGCCCAGAAUAUAGGGAAAUUUGUACAGAAUUAAAUGUAUAUGUUUUCAUAUUCUAUAAACAUUUCAUAUGUGCUAUAUUUUGUUGUAAAUGUAGAAGUUUUCAAAUACAUUUUAUACCAUAGUUUUGACACAUUCCCGUUCCUGUAGUUAUGCCCCACGUUUUGAAAGUGUUCUGUUACUUCUACCACAUACUUAGGUCUGUUAGCUGUGCACAACGUUUGUUCGUUUGAAACUUUGAGAGAGUUUUUUUUGUUCGCGUUCAAAUCCCACCUCAGGAUUAAAGUGUAUGUCUAAAUUGUA